UCAGCCUCAGAGGCACAGGCAGAGGGCGCCUGAGCCAUGUCCGCCCCCUGCGGCCGCUGCUGCCGCUCAGCUCCACGCGUUGAGGAGGCUCCUGCACCCCGGACCCCGCAGCCGCUGACAGCGUCCUGCGAGCCAAGGCAGGAGACUGAGUAGAGCCGCUCUGUCUCCCCCGCGCCUGCUUCGCCUAGUCCAUGGGGCUGCGCUGCGUGUGUGCAGGCAGGGGGCUGCUGCUGCAGAAGGAGGAAGCCCCAUUGGUGUGAGCAGCUGCGCUCUCCCUCGCCUCUCUGCCCUGCCUCACCUCCCUGCUCCUGAGCGAGCCCGGCUCGGAUGUCCGGUUUCCUGGUGGCUUUUCACCUGGCAAACUCCAGCUAACUUCGGUGAGCAAUUGCAAAGCGUCCGGGCACGUUGCGAGCUCCCUUGCAGGCAGCUGGUGCUGCUGCAUCUUCUCCAUCCCAGGGAUUCUGCCGCCUUGGAUAUUGGGGGGAGGCAAUCAACAAAGCCAAGGAGCCUCACGAUUCCCCGUACACUCCUCAAGCUCCCCCCGCCCCGCCACGCAUCCACCCUGCCAUCCUUGCACAAUGCACUUGCUGGGAUUAUUCUCUCUGGUUUGCUAUCUGGCUGCUGCUGCUCUGCUGCUGGGACCCAGGGAGCCGGCCACCGCCGCUGCCUAUGAAUCCGGGCAGGGCUACUACGAGGAGGAGCCCGAUUUGGGGGAAGCAAAGGCUCAUGCAAGCAAAGAGCUGGAAGAGCAGUUGCGGUCUGUGUCCAGUGUGGAUGAACUCAUGACAGUACUUUACCCAGAGUACUGGAAAAUGUUCAAAUGUCAGUUGAGGAAAGGGGGCUGGCAACACAACAGGGAACACUCCAGCUUCGACACAAGAUCAGAUGAUUCAAUAAAAUUUGCAGCAGCACAUUAUAAUGCAGAGAUCUUGAAAAGUAUUGAUAAUGAAUGGAGGAAAACUCAGUGCAUGCCACGUGAGGUGUGUGUAGAUGUGGGGAAAGAGUUUGGAGCAACAACAAACACCUUCUUUAAACCCCCAUGUGUAUCCAUCUACAGAUGUGGAGGUUGCUGCAAUAGUGAGGGGCUGCAAUGUAUGAAUAUCAGCACAAGUUACAUCAGCAAAACGUUAUUUGAGAUUACUGUGCCGCUGUCUCAUGGCCCUAAACCUGUAACAGUCAGUUUUGCUAAUCAUACAUCCUGCCGAUGCAUGUCUAAGCUGGAUGUUUACAGACAAGUUCAUUCAAUCAUUAGACGCUCCUUGCCAGCGACGCAACCACAGUGUCACGUGGCAAACAAAACUUGUCCAAAGAAUCUUAUCUGGAAUAAUCAGAUUUGCAGAUGUCUGGUGCAGCAUGACUUCAGUUUCUCUUCCCAACAUGGAGAUACUGACACUGCUGACGAAUUCCAUGAUAUCUGUGGACCUAACAAAGAGCUUGAUGAAGAAACCUGUCAAUGUGUUUGCAAAGGGGGUGUACGGCCUUCAAGCUGUGGACCCCAAAAAGAAUUAGAUAGAACAUUGUGCCAGUGUACAUGUAAAAACAAACUUUUGCCUAGUUCCUGUGGUCCCAACAAAGAAUUUGAUGAAGAUAAGUGCCAGUGUGUAUGUAAAAGAACCUGCCCCAAACAUCAGCCACUAAAUUCUGCAAAAUGUAUCUGUGAAUGUAUAGAAUCUCCAAAUAAAUGCUUCUUAAAAGGAAAAAGGUUUCAUCACCAGACAUGCAGUUGCUACAGACCACCGUGUACAGUUAGAACGAAACGCUGUGAGCCUGGAUUUUAUUAUAGUGAAGAAGUGUGCCGUUGCGUACCCACAUAUUGGAAAAGACCGCUUAUUAAUUAGUGAAGAAAGCACUACUUGCCAUUUUGGUGUACAUUUUUCCAUUAAAAAAACAACUGCGUUAACAUUGGAAUUAACUGUGCACCAGAGACCCUGUGGGAUUCACAGAGACAGACACAUUGUGCUUUUUCCCCAAGAAAUGUGGAAAGCACAUGUAGACAAUAAUGGGGCUCAUGUUGUGUAAAGAACUCACUAAGGACUUGUUUUCUGCCAAUGACAAAACAGCCUUGGUUUUCCUCCUUGUGAUUUUUUUUUAAAGAGAGAAUGACUAUAUAAUUUAUUUCCACUAAAAACAUUGUGCAGCAUUCCUGUUUAUAGCAGUAACAAUUGUUAAAGCUCACUGUGAUCAAUAUUUUUAUAUCAUGCAAAAUAUGUUUAAAUAAAAUGAAAAUUG